GGUAGGUUUUUCUUUGAAAUGUUGUGUUAAGCAGCACAGGAAGGUAUUUGAGGGGAAGUUAGGAGAUAAUUGAACGAUUGUGAAGGUUAAAACUAUGGCUAAUAAGAACGCAGGUGUGAUAAAACGUUAAAAAUAUGAUUUUGCUGCUGCUGCAUUUUAGUGUCAUUCAAGGCCGGUGAAGGUGAGCCUCAUAGGCUUUCCUUUGAGGGCGAAACUGAGAAACGGGUCAGGGGAUUUGAUUGCUAUAUUCAGGUGCUGAGGGUAUUACAUCGUUGUGGUCACUGCCGGGUCAGCGCAGGCUUGGUUUAUUUAAAAGAAAUCUAGAAUCUGAUCUGAAAACGAGGAUUAAAAAAGAAAACCCAGCAGCCGUUACUCGUGGGAGAGCUUUGGGAUAUUUGCCAGCUGUAACCCUGCUGCCUCUCCUGAGCGCCACAGGGAUGAUGUUACGGUGCAGCUUCAGAGCAUCAUGACCAGCCUCUCUGCCUGCGAGUGUCCCGUGCUCCUGCCCUUGUCCCUUCUGAUAGUGGGUCACCCUUCUCCCUUGCCUUGAAGCUGUGCUGGAAAGACCAGAAAUGGCCCACAAGAAGGAGCCUCCCUUCUUCAAUGAGGACAAUGUAGGACCAUUCCACUACAAGCUUCCUUUCUAUGAGACGAUGGAGCUGUUCAUUGAAACCCUCACUGGCACGUGUUUUGAGCUACGCGUGUCGCCUUUUGAGACGGUGAUUUCAGUAAAGGCCAAAAUUCAAAGACUAGAGGGGAUACCUGUUGCACAGCAGCAUUUGAUCUGGAACAACGUGGAACUAGAAGAUGAGUAUUGCUUAAAUGAUUACAGCAUUACAGAAGGGUGCACUUUGAAAUUGGUGCUCGCUAUGAGAGGGGGACCCAUCAAUACCAGGAGAGUUCCAAUGGAUGACCCUGUAAAGGAAUUUGCGGAGUACAUGGAUUCAAACCGGGAUGAUGUUUUGGAGAAAACUUCACCCAAUAAGCAGGUCACCUUUCUUGUGUACCAGGAGGGAGACCAGCUCAAUUUCUUCCGAGUUGUGGAUCGAGGAGAUGGCACCUUAACACCAGUUUCUGAAUCAAUAAGCGGAGGCUCAGUGUAUAACUUGUACACUGAGGAGGAAGAAGAAAGUGAGCCCUCACCCUCAGGCCAGCAGAUCAUGGAGAACUCCAUCACCAUGAAUAAGAUGAAGCUGCUGAAGACCAAAAUGGAAAACAUGAACCUCAGUAAGAAGCCUAAGAAGACUGCCAAGGUGAAACCCAGGCCUCCCAUCUGUGCUCGGCCCUGCACCGACUCAUUGAAUACAGCCCGUCAUCAAAGACUGUUCCGGGUUCUGCCUCAAAUUGGACACUCUCUGAACCCUUCAACAUGCCUACCUCCUGUCAGGGACCAGCAUUCCUCAGCUACUCCUCCUGUUCCUGCACCCCCGAGCGCCUUGUCCUCUGUCACCCCCGCCAGCCAGGCAGUGCUGUCGUCCACAUGUUACUCUGUGAAGGAAGACGAGUCCUGGGAGUGCCCAGUCAUGACUGCUUCCUUAAGCAAAAUCAGGUCUCCACCUAAAGUUUCCCGAGUCAAAGUAGACAACUCUCAUCUGCCGAAAGUUGCAGUUCUUCCACCACUUUCUGUGUUGCCCAAUAGGGAGUCUCGAGAUGGCUCUAUGGAACAAGUGAAAUCUAACAUCGAGGGAACGGUGAGGAGGGAGGACGCUGUACUUGUGGGCACCCACCCGGAUGCUUUUCUUGUGCUUGAUGAAGAGCAGGCUAAUGCAAGUGUCAACGCGGAACCAGCACAGGGUAAAGACAGCAGUUCUGAAAUGAUAGAAGAAGCUACUGAGCGGUCUGUAGCAGCAUUACUUUCCAAAGCAGUAAGUUCUGAAUCCAUGGACACCUGGGCCCUGAGCACUGAGCGUUUAUCUCAAAGGGCUAACAAAGCACUCAGUCCUCUGCAGUUCCCUGCUCAGUUGACCUCCAACCCUUUAGUGAUUGGGAAGCCCCAGAGGCUGCCCAAGUCUUUCGGUUACGGCAGUCUGAGACCCACAGCUUCCAGAGCUCUCCUGAAGUCUGAGGAAUACUCUGGCGCCGCCGAGGCCUCUCCUGCACGAACUCCAAAGUUUCGGGGUGUGAAGGUGGACUCCCCUGGUAAGCAUCCUGAGAUCAUAUCGAGAACAGAGGCGCGGGACAUUACGGAAAUGGUGAACAAAGCCUCUAAGGAACCCCUGGGCUCUGUCAGCAAUUUAGGAAUCCUGGCUUCGCUGGCACGAAGCACAAGCAAGGAAAGCAGCCUACCAGGGAGCUGUGGACUGGGAAGACCGCACCCGGCUGCAUUGCCUCUUCCCACCAACAUCCACCUCUUUCAGGACGACCUCCUUAGGAAAGUGUCCCCACCAGAGGGAGCUGGUGCUUCAUGCAUGCCUGCUAACCCUCUUGGCUCAAGUGGAGGCUCUUCCAACACAAUUAGGCGAAUAGGUACUCCAACAUAUCACCUUCCUCCUGUGAAGGCCCCUGUCGCUCCUAAAAAGAAAAGUUCUAAGCACUGUUUCCUGUGCGGAAAGAAAACCGGACUGGCCACAAGCUAUGAGUGCAGAUGCCGAAACAACUUUUGUGCUACACAUCGCUAUGCAGAAACUCAUGACUGCAACUAUGACUACAAGACUGCGGGCCGGAGGUACUUGCAGGAGUCGAACCCAAUAAUCAGCGCACCAAAGCUUCCCAAAAUCUGACCAUUCAAGUGUUGCAUGUAGCAAUUUUUUUUUUAAUUGAGCAAGGGAAUGUGACUACCGCUAUGUGUUUUACACCAACUUUGCUCUGAAACUUUUAAAUGCCAAGCAACACAACAAAAUAAAAGCACAUGCAAGUCUAA